AUGAGUACACAUUUGGUUGAAUAUUCAUCUAGUGAUGAAGAGGAGAAUGAGAAACUAGAACUUCCCUCGGCAUUACAAGUCUUGGAUUCCGAUCGUUUGCGUUUUCCUGUUUAUGAAGAUGACCCAGCAAAACACAAUUUUCGUACGAGAAAAUUUCCUCAUGAGACUGGUAAUUGGGCUACCUCUAUAUAUAUAGCGUGUCCUCAUUUAAUUUCUAGGCUGCUUAAGGCUAUUGACAAUCCUAUAAUACAGUCGGAUCUCGUUAUAGAUAAUUUCCACUUUAUGGACUCCCUCCAUUUAAGUUUAUCAAAAACAUGGCCCAUUUACUUCCAUUGGAUCGAGAAUCUUAUUUGUAAUCUUCGCGCUUCUAUAAGCACUUUCGAGAAAUUUCACGUUACUUUUGAUGAUGUAAACAUCUUGGUAAACGAGGAAAAUACAAGAUCUUUUGUUACUUUAUUAGCUUCUGCAGAAUCUCACGUAGCGUUAAUCCCUUUACUUAAUUCUGUAGACUCAUGCGUCACAGCAUUUAGAGGUCCAGAAUAUUAUAAGGACCCGAAGUUCCAUAUAAGUUUCUUGUGGUGUAAUGGGAAUGUUCGGGAAAAGUAUUCUGAAGAUGUCUUAGACAAUUUCCUAGCAAAUUUGAAGAAAGUAAUAUUCACUGAAAGCAAACAAAUGUAUCAUGACGUAACGGAUAUAGUGUGCAAAAGUGGAAACAAAUAUUUCAGUAUAAAUUUGUUGUAA